GCUCCACUCCAACUCUGUAAUAGACUAAUAUAUACUGAAUCCACCCAUAGCAGCUUGGUGCUUCCUUGUUCUACACCGGAGGGGGAGGGAUUCGUGCUUGGAGCCCGCAAAUCCACCCGUGACAGGAGUUCUCCACAAACAACACCAUGGAAUUUAUCCAAGAAGGUGAUAGAUCUAAAUGGAUGGCGCAUAGUAAUCAUAGCAUAACAUGCUUCACUAGAGGGGACAUAGACAGAAUGACCAACAACUAUCGAACUUGUCUUGGAAGAGGGGCCUUUGGAGAAGUAUACGAAGGGGUUCUUGAGGAUGGAAGCAUGGUUGCAGUGAAAAGGUUUAUCCACAAUGUGAAAGAAAACUUCGCUAAAGAGCUGAUCGUCCAUCGUGAAAUCAACCACAAGAACGUAGUGAGGCUCAUUGGUUGCUGUGAGGAGGAAAAUGCCCUUAUGCUGGUCACUGAGUAUGUCGCUAAUGGAAAUCUAAGUGAUAUUCUUCACGAUGACAACCUUCCCAUCCCUUUGGAUGUAAGACUUACGAUCGCCAUUGAGUGUGCUGAGGCGUUGGCGUACAUGCAUUCUCACAUGUACACUCAGGUUAUCCAUGGCGACGUCAAGCCUGGUAACAUACUCUUAGAUAGCAACUUCCAUGCAAAAUUGUCAGACUUUGGAAUAUCAAGACUAGCCAACACGGAUAAGACACUGCACACCGAGAAUGUCAUAGGAAGCAUAGGUUACAUGGAUCCUCUGUUUGCUUUGGAUGGGCGUCUCACUGUGAAGUAUGAUGUUUAUAGCUUUGGAGUUGUUCUCCUUGAGCUGAUGGCCAGGAAAAAGGCAACAACAGUAGUUGACAACGUCAACAUUGUUUAUGCAUUUACUAGUGCUCUUGAAAGGGGGUCCGGGGGUGUGAGAUGGAUGUUUGAUGCUGAAAUUGCAAGCAAGGAUAAUAUGAAGGUUGUUGAAGGGGUUGCAAAGAUAGCAGGUGAAUGCCUAACGAUGGAAAGGGAGAAACGUCCUGAGAUGAUUGACGUGGUGGAACGUCUUAGGGUGCUACGACAGAAAGCUUCACGUCAGGAUCAGGCAUCGCAACACUCAGGUCUGUUCUCUUGGGCUAGGAGGAACAAGACAGCACCUCCAGCUUCAGCGAACAUCCCAGCCAAUAUUUUGCCGUCAGUAAACCACCUCGAGGCAGAGAUUCUGGAGUCAUCAAAUGUCCGAAAGUUCACCUUCAGUGAGCUGAAAGGCUCCACAAGGAACUUCAGAUUGGACAGCGUGCUCGGGGAGGGAGGCUUUGGCUCGGUGUACAAGGGAUGGAUGGAUGAGCGCACGCUUGCACCUGUGAAACCGGGCACUGGGAUGAUUGUCGCGGUGAAGAGGCUCAAGCUCGACAGCUUCCGAGUGCACAGAGAAUGGGUGGCUGUGGUAAAUUACCUAGGGCAGUUGUCCCACCCUAAUCUUGUGAAACUUAUUGGGUACUGCUGGGAGGAUGAAGAACGGCUUCUUGUGUUUGAGUACAUGCCAAGAGGGAGCUUGGAGCAUCAUCUUUUCAGGAGAGGGUCGCACUUCCAACCGCUCCCAUGGAACUUACGGAUGAAGGUUGCACUUGAGGCGGCCAGAGGCCUUGGUUUCCUGCACGGCGACCAGGCUAAAGUUAUCUACCGUGAUUUCAAGACCUCCAAUAUUCUUCUCGACUCGGAGUACAAUGCAAAAUUGUCUGAUUUCGGUUUGGCAAAAGAUGGUCCAAGUGGUUAUACAGGUUAUAUCCCUACUAUUCUGGGGACGACCUACAUGGGGAUACACGGAUAUGCUGCCCCUGAAUAUAUUGCAACAGGCCAUUUGACCGCGAAGUGUGAUGUGUACAGCUACGGUGUUGUUCUUCUGGAGUUGCUGUCUGGGCAGCGUGCUCUGGACAAGAACCGCCCACCUGGCCAGCACAUGCUGGUGGAGUGGGCUAGGCCUUACAUCACCAACAAGCAGAGGGUGUUCCGUUUCUUGGACUCGCAGUUGGGUUCCCAGUAUUGCCUUCCUGCGGCGCAGAAGACCGCAGCCCUAGCACUGCAAUGCUUGUCGAUGGACCCACGAUGCAGGCCUGGCAUGGAUCAGGUUGUGACCUUGUUAGAAGGCCUUCAAGACACCAAGAGUGCAUUGAAAUCUGGCAAGUAGGAGAAUUGCUAGUUACGGUUGUCCUUGCCUCUUUGAAGGAUCGUCGUCUUGUAGGACUCCAAUGGAGUAAAACGGUGAACGGAUGAGGGAUUUCAGGGGCAACUAGCUUCUGAAGAGUGUAUAAUAUUAAUAUAUCUUGCUUUGUGUAUAGCUACCUGCUUCGUUGGUGCAACUUUUUCUCUACAUAUGUAUAUUUUAGCAGUCCACUUGUGUUGUAUCUAAGUUAAAAAAA